AUGAAGCUGCCUGGUCAAGAACGAUGGAGUGCUGGCACAUGUACUCAGCAAGUGGAUUCCAGGAGUUAUAUAGUCAAGGUUGGUGACAACAAGUACAGGCGCAACCACAAACAGAUUGCACAAAGCCAGGAGCCACCCAUUUUGGAGAUGCCUGAAGUAGUUGAGGAAACGAACGCACCCAACCAUCCCAGACAAGCAACUCCAGCAGCCGAGGUGAACAACAAGAAAACCCCAGACGGUGCAUCAACCCACUCGCCAGGUCUUCGAAGGUCUGCCCGACAACACAAGACACCCUCCUCGCAGAGUGACUAUGUUACAACAUAG